AUGUCAGUAGUUAUAAAAGUAUAUAUAUAUAUAUAUAUAUAUAUAUAUAUAUAUAUCGACAAGAACUGUUUAGAGUCCUUUCUAAGAGGUGAUUCGCCACCUCAUGAUGUAUGGAAAGAAAAUUGGGCAACUCAGUAUUCAGUUGAUAAAGAUGUAGGGGAUUAUUUAAACGACAGAUUUGAUGGUAUAAGUGUUUAUCCAACGUUAGGAAAUCAUGAAACAUUUCCCGCCAAUCUGUAUUACUCUACACUACCAGAAUAUAAGUACUUCAAUGAGAAAAAUGUAGAGUUGUGGAGUGACUUAUUUUCUAUACCGGUUGAGCAGCGUGAUAAUAUAAUACAGGAUGCUUAUUAUCAGGUUUUAAUCAGACCGGGAUUAAGAUUAAUCAGUUUUAAUUCAAAUCAUGGAAUGUCAAAGGAUAUUAAUGUAUUUAAUAAAUAUUGGAGCAACAGACAUGCUAGAAGUACUGAUAAAGUCUAUUGUGAUGAUGCAUGCCGACAAAUAACAGUCUGUGAAACUUUAUCAGCUACCUUUAGAGAUUGGAUUAAUUGUGUUGGGCGAUUUAGUGCUGUUGUUCAUUGA